CUUGCUGUUUUUUUAUUAUUGUGCUUGCUGUUUUUUUAUUCAUGUGCUUGCUAAUUCACUCCAAUGCUAUCAUCUUUCAUCCUAGGUACAAGAUGAAUUACAUAGAGUGGGCCUUUGGAGAACUAUAUGGAGUAGGAAGUACGAGGUGUAGGACUGAGAUGAAAAUCGUGGAGAAAGAGUUGGCGACCUUGUAUGACAAAUGUGUUUCCCAAGAUAAGCGAGCUGGAAAUGGAGAAAGUGUAUCUUCCUCUAUAAACAUUCCUAGUAUCCCGGUUCAAGCUGGGUAUGAGUCCUUCUUAUCGUCCCGUUCAACAAGAAUAUCAAAGAGUGAGUUGAGGAACUACUUAGAGGAUGCGGUUGAACCUCGCAACAAGGCUCUUGAUCUUCUUGGUUGGUGGAAAGUCAAUGCUCCUAGGUACCCAAUUAUGGCCAAGAUAGCCAGGAGGUUCCUUACUAUCCCGGCUACCUCCGUGUCUUCAGAAUCUACCUUCAGCACGACCGGAAGGAUUUUAGAUGACUACAGGAGUUCGUUAAAACCGGUUAUGGUGGAGGCAUUAGUUUGUGGUGCAAGUUAUAUAAAGGGUGCUCACGUUGACUUGAAUCUGGUGCCGAGGGAUGAGAAUGAAGAGGAUGAUGUUGAAACCAUCAAGUUACCCAUCGUGGAGGAGAUCAACGAUUGACACUCAUCAUGUGGAUGUUGAUCUUGAUCUUGCUAUUUUGGAGACGAAUGUCAAAGUGAUCUUUCUCAUGGGAAGGCUACUUUUGCAUUUGGGUUAUGUUCGAACUUGUCAAGUCAUGAACUGUGAAAUGUCACAACUAGCUUGGAGAUGAACCUCUCAUUUGUGUUAUGUUCAACUUGCCAAUUGACAUGGACUUGAAAUUGUCAUUGCAAGUUUGUAAUCGUGUCGUUCAAUGAUGAUAAGACAUUAUGUUUGUGGA